CCCACAUGUCUUAGAGUCCUCCACAUCUCCUUCCAUGUCCAACCCCUUUAUAAUUUCGGGUUGCGUGUGGGUGUGAUAUCUGCCCCUCUUGCACUGCACCCAACCAUCCCUUCCUCUCCAUUGACUACUUUGAUUGCGUCCUUCCACUCCACCAGAGUUGCUUCUCUACUAAGUAAGACGGAACAUCUAAGGUUCAGAAGGUGACAACAUGAAAGCGUUGAUUGGAUCAGUCGUGUGUGCUGUGGCACUGCUAUCUGGGUUUUGCACUGCUGUGCCAGCAGCUUUAUCCAUCACCACUAUAUUGCAAGAGCCAUACAUCAUGACCCAAGGGUCUGAGCUGGAGGGGUACUGCAUUGACCUGCUCGCGGAGAUCGCCAAGAAGUUGGGCUUCAAGUACAAUGUGCACCUGGUGAAGGACGGCAAAUACGGGCGACAGGACGAGAGCGGCAACUGGUUCGGGAUGAUCGGGGAGGUGGUCCGAGGGGAGGCCGUCCUGGCGGUCGCCCCUCUGACCCUCACUGCAACCAGGGAGCAGUCGGUGGAGAUGAGCACUCCCUUCAUGCAGACGGGCAUCGGCUUCAUGCUGAGCAGGGACCUGGGCUCCGAGGAGAGCCACUCCCUCAGCUUCCUCUUCCCCUUCUCCACGGAGAUGUGGGUGGGUGUCCUCUUGGCCUUCCUGGUGACUGGCCUCUGCAUUUAUCUGGUGGCCAGGAUAAGCCCCUGUGAGUGGGCUGACCCCGAGACAGACGAACACAGCUUCACCCUCCUGCACAGCUUCUGGUACAUCACCGGAGCCCUGACCCUGCAAGGUGCUGGCCCACACCCUAAAGGCCUGUCUGGCCGCAUUAUCAGCGCUGUCUGGUGGGUGUUUGCGUUGGUGCUCCUGGCCUGCUACUUCAGCAACUUCAACACCAUGCUACGCUCGGACACCAAACACGUCUCGGUGAUGAACUUCGAUGAGCUGGCCAGACAGGACGUCAUUGACUAUGGAACAGUGGAAGGCGGCUCCACGUUCAAUUUCUUCAAAAACUCCAACAACCCCACCUACCGACGCAUCUUCCAGCACAUGGAGAGGAAGAAGAGUUGUGUGGCUUCUGUGGAAGAGGGCAAUCGACGUGCCCAGGAAGGCAACUACGCCUUUAUUGGCGAGGCAGCGUCUCUGGACCUGGCUGUGGCUCGCCACUGCAACCUGAUCCGCAGUAGUGAAGUCAUUGCCAUGAGAGGGUACAGCAUUGCAGCACCCCUAGGCUUCCCAAUGAUGAAGAACAUAACGGUGGCCAUACUGCAGUUGAGUGAGUCUGGGGAGUUGGCGUACCUGCAGAGUAAGUGGUGGGCCAAUAGCUGUAUGCCAGAGGGGGGCCAAGCCCCACAGGCCCUCCAGGCCCACAUCCUGAGGGGUCUCUUCAUGCUGCUGGCCCUGGGGUGCGGUCUGGGCCUCCUCAUUGCCCUCCUGGAGCUUGCCUCCAAGGCCCGCAACCAAGCCAAGGAUCAGAAGAAAUCCUGCUGCUCAGUGUUGUCGGCAGAGCUGAGUCAACGUUUCAGAUCGGGCGGGGCGAACGCAGGCACAGAGACGUCAGAGAAGAGCAAAGCGUGAAGGAUCUGUUUUACUGAUUGGCUCCGAACAGAACCAUAUAGUUUGAUACGCAUAUAAACCACGUGUGAGGGACCCCGGUCCUGUCCUUUGUAGCAGUAGUAUCUUCCGUAUCCUAGUAGUGUAUCACAGCAGUGUCUUCUGUUUCAUAGUGUACCACACAGCUACCGAGUUCCCCAUGUGCAUUUACAAUGGCUUGUUAGAAUAGAUUCCAAUUAGAGUAGAUUUUACUAUAUAUUCCACUCUGAAAAGGUAUUAUUAAGCCACUAUAGAAAACAGCAACAAUAGCAUUUAAUGCACUCAGUGGACAUGGGCCUCCCACUGCAGAAAUAGACUACUAACAGUAAGAUUUUUAUAUAUAUUAAGUUGAUAGAGUUGAUACAGGCUUUGCAACUAUCCUCCAGAUAAAUGCUUUAAGCAACUGUAUUUACAUUUUUGUUGUUGUCGUUGUUGUUGAUAUGUACUGCCCAAAUAUCUCACAUGUGCUACUAAAUCUGGUGGCUUUUGAGUUGUUUCAUUAACCGUUCAAUAUGUUUUACUUUAACCUGUUUUUUAUACUCCACCAAAUUAAAUCCCUAGACAUCCCAAAUGUAUAGAUUUUUGUUAGUUUUGUUAGUUUCACACCUAAGCUCCCUCAAAAGUGUUUUGGAUGGAUGGAUAGAAAUAAAAAAAAUGUUUGGGAUGGAUUUAUAAAAUGUGUGCUUUCCAGGAGUGGGGGCAAUGAACAGGCACUGUGGGGUAAAGGUACAGUAAUUGUAAUAACUGAUCAGUCUAUUCAUUUUUUCUUCUAUGAAUAUUGCUAUUUCAGUAGAGUUUUGUUGUAUUGUGGGGUCAAAUUAAAUCUACCAAAUUCCA